UUGAGCUCUGUCAAGAAAAUAAUUAAAUAUUUAAAAUUGGAGAUUUUUACAAAUUGACUGGACUAUUUCUUUUGGAUAUUGGUGUUUGAAGGUCUGGAGCUGUGGCUUUUGGUGGAGUUGGUUUUUCUUCUCACCUUUUUAACCUGUUGCUGUGCAUUUUCGUUUGGCGCUCUUUUUUUUAUUCAUUUGCAUCUGCCAAGGUAAUCCUGAAAAUGCCGUCGCUAUUGACCUGUAAUGUUUGUAAGGAUCAUAUUGCCAAAUCCAAAUAUAAAAUUGGUUGCAAAGGCUGUGCAAAUUUUUUCCAUUUGGAUUGCGUUGGCAUUUCUGAGGCUGAGGCUAAAAUAAAUAAGCAACUCAGAUACACUUGUGUGUGCUGUGUUCGGGCUGCUGGUGGUAGUGGUGACGCUGGUGUGGUUGAUCGCGGAACAAAAGCGAACACUGCAGUUGAUGCAUCUAGGGUUGGUGCCACAGCUGAUGCUUCUUUGAAUGGUGGUGAUGGGACAGUUGGUGUGGCUGCGUGUGAUUUUGUUGGGAAUUCAGAUGCUCUGCGAGAGCUGCAGGAUAACUUGAUUUUGUCUAUGAAACAACAAAUGGACACGUAUAUGGCUAGAUGUCUGUCUGAAUUCCGUACCAAAACUGAUGCUCUGUUUGAUCUUUAUAAUGCACAAAUAUCUGAGGUAAAGCGUGAUGUGGUUGAGCUUAAAAAGGCUGUAGUUGAGUUGAAGAUGACAGUCUCUGAAGUUAAAAGUACGGCCUUGUUAGCAGAAAAGAAACUUGCUGAUAGGAUUUCUGAGCUUGAGUCUUUUAACAAUGUGCUCCAGCGAAGGCUUAACAGAGCUGAUAUCAUUAUAAGAGGUUUGCCGGAAAAUAUUAAAGACCUCAGGAGCUUUGUUGUUAAAGUUGCUAAUUUGUGUGGGUUGCAACUAUCUCAUGGCGACAUGCAGCAGUGCUGUUACAUAUCUGAACGAAGAGCGGUUUUGGUGAAGUUUAAUUCUAUUCAGACAAGAGAUUCCCUUAUCCGCCGAUUUGUUAAAAGAGGGAAGGUAACCCUAAAAGAAGUUAUGGAGAAUUGUCUAUUGGAGUCCCGUAUCUACUUAAAUGAUCAUCUUGUUAAAUCGGCAUCUAGUCUUGUCUUUGCCUGCAGAGGCCUGCUCAAGAAGAAGAAGAUUAAGAAAUUCAGGUUGUUAAAUAGUGAUGAACCUCAAGUUGAGGUAAUACUUGCUGAUGGAAGUAAAACAAUUUUUGAGCGACAAGAGCUUCUUGAAUUUGCUCGUAGUUGUCCUCUGCAACCGGGUGGUGCUCCGUUGGUUGGUGAUAUGCUGCUGGGAGUGUAGUCAUGUAAUUAUAAGAUGCGAAAUCGAAUUUACAUAAUUUUGCUCCCCAGCCCCUUUAUUUGGUUUGAUGUCACUUGAUGAUAAUCUGGGACCCAUAAUUAAUGACGCUCACUUUUUUAAACCCUUAUUUGAGGGUUUGUCUGGUAAACUAACGUAUGGCCACUUGAACUGCCAAAGUAUUCGCCCAUCGAGAUUCAAUAAUAAAAUUGAUGAGCUUCGAUCCUUGCUGGUUGGUAGUGGUAUCAGCAUUUUUGGUGUCACUGAAUCUUGGCUUAAUUCUGCAGUAUCAUCGAAAUCGUUGGUUGUUCCAGGAUAUAAGCUGGUGCGGAGUGAUCGUGUUGGUCGUGUUGGUGGUGGGGUAUGUCUCUAUAUUGGUAGUGGCAUUCCUUAUAAGGUAGUUUUUCGUUCAAAUAAUUUUGGUGUUUGUGAGUCGGUGUGUGUUGAGUUGAAUAUUGGGGCAUUGGUUUUGCUUGUGGCGGUAGUAUAUCUUCCCCAUGGCGAUGUUCAGUCUUUCUGUGAUGUACAUGAGAGUUUGUUUGAUCGCUUCUCUAAUAUCAUUGUCCUUGGCGAUUUUAACUGUAAUUUAUUUGUGUCUUCGAACUCUGUUUCGAUGAGAGGAUUAUGCAGAUCAUUGGGGCUAACUAUUGUGCAUAACAUGAAACCUACCCAUUAUGAUUUGGCCCAUAACUCUACCUCGUUAAUUGAUUUUUGCCUUACUAGUGAUAAUUUGUCCUUGGGUUUCUCGUCUCAGGGUCGAUGUCCUGGUAUAUCACACCAUGCCUUUGUUUUUGGUUCGCUUAACCUGCCUGUAUUUUCAGAGGAGAGAUUUAUUGAGUAUCGUAACUUUGGCCGAGCGGAUUGUUUGGGCAUUUUAAAUUUCAUAUCCGAUUUUGACUUCAACCCCUUAUAUUCCACUUCUGAUGUGAAUUGUCAACUUUCACUAUUUGAUUUGUUGUUUAACGCGCUAUUGUCUUUCGUUCCUGUUUCUGUUCGUAAGGUCAACCCCAGGAAUGAUGCAUGGUUGGAAUCUGAUGUGGUAAAAUCGGCACGGAUGUUUAGAGAUCUUGCGUACUUUGAGUGGCGCAAGCGACCUAUGGAGGGUAAUAGAAAAAUAUAUUGUAUGUAUAGGAAUCGUUGUAAGGCUGUGAUGAGGAAUGAGAGGCGUAAGUACUAUAAUGAUUUCUUUGGUCGUAUGAAUAAUAAUCAGCUGUGGAAAUCUCUAAAGUCGUUUGGUGUUUUGGGUAGUGAUAAUGAAGCUCCACCAAUUGAUGUCAAUGCUGCUAAUCAUUAUUUUUCCAGUGGGAAUCCUGGUUUUGUGGGUGAGCGUGGUCAGUCUCUUUAUAGUGAGGGUCAUGUGGGAGAUGAUGUUUUUCGGUUUUAUUGCAUAUUUUAUUCUGAUGUUGUAAGGUCAUUAAAUAAAGUUAAGUCGGGAGCUGUGGGGGUUGAUGGCGUGCCAGUAAAGUUUUUUAAACUUAUAUUUCCAUACAUUUCCUGUCAUUUCCUGCAUUUUGUUAACUCGAUUUUUAUGACAUCUACUUUUCCUCGGGCGUGGAAGGUUGCACGAAUUGUUCCUGUGCCGAAAACUGGUGAAUAAUUUGAUUUGCCGAAUCUGCGUCCCAUUAGCAUUCUACCUGCUAUGUCAAAAGUCGUUGAGCAUAUUAUUAAAGAAGCGAUUGUUGACUUCCUUGAUGAUCGUAGGCUAUUGAGUAGUUCUCAGUUUGGUUUUCGGCGACGAUGUAGUACGACCACACACUUAUUAUAUCUUACUGACAUGAUUAGAGAUGUAUUUAAUUCAUCUGAUGUUGGGUUAUUAUUGGGCCUUGACUUGUCAAAGGCUUUUGAUUCGAUAAACCAUUCCCUUUUACUUGACAAGCUGAGGUUUAAGUUUGGUUUUUCAUCUUCUGCGUGUCGUUUAAUGGCUUCAUAUUUGGAAGGUAGGUCUCAGUUUGUUGUUCAUUUGGGUGUUUCGUCUGAAGUUUGUAGUGUCCAAUGUGGAGUCCCGCAAGGUUCUGUACUGGGACCGUUGUUAUUUAUUAUGUUCAUUAAUGACAUUGUGCACUCAGUUGUUGAUGACAGGUGUUGUCUGUUUUUGUAUGCAGAUGAUAUUCAUGUUUUCUUCAGAGAGGCUGAUAUUGCUGGGUUGGAAGGGUUGGUUAAUUCUAUUGUUUUGUCUCUUUCGUCGUGGAUUUCGCUAAAUGGCCUUAUGAUUAAUUGGAAUAAAACUAAAGCUAUGCUGUUCAAUGAUCAUGGUAAUGGUGGUUCUCUUAAUAUUACUGUGGGUUCUGUGUUAGUGAAAUUUGUUGAUGAAAUGAAAUGUCUUGGUGUUAUAAUUGAUCGGAAGUUGGACUUUAAGAGACACAUUGAUUCCUUGCUUUGUCGUAUAAGGUUUCAGCUGCGGAGGCUGUAUUGUCUUAAUGCUUAUUUGCCUUGUCAUGUUAGGAAGAGAGUGGUUGUAUCCUUGCUGCUAUCGCAGGUAAAUUAUUGUCUAGAGGUAGUCUCCGGUACUACUUCUUCUCAAAUGCAACGUAUCCGUAGGGCGGUAAAUUCGAUUGUUCGUUAUGUGUAUGGCUUGCGUCGUGGUGAUCAUGUUUCUUGUUUUGUUAAUGAUCUCCUGGGAUUGCCAUUUAGCAGCUACGUUGAUCUUCGUAUUCUUCAAUUUCAUUAUAGUGUUAUGUGCAAUUUUGACUCGCCUCUUCGUGACAACUUUGUGUUUUGUAGAUCAUCUCGAAAUCCUCAAUUGUUGUGUCCAAGGUUUUCGUCCUCCAUUGGUGAGAGAUCAUUUGUGGUUAGGGCGGUGAGAUUGUGGAAUCAGCUUCCUUUGGCCUUACGUACUUUUGCCCAUACCAAUUAUCUGUUUAGGGUUAAAGUAAUUGAAUACCUUCGCCUAAAUAUGUAGGCUAUGUUUUUGUAAUGGUUGCGUCGGUUUAUUAUGGGUUUUUCUUUUUGCUUUUCUUUUUGUUUGGGCUGGGGAGCCACUAUAUUAUCUUCUUAAUUUUAUUUGUAGGGUAUAAUGUGAGUUACUAUUUAUACUCUGUUUUGUGAGUAAUAAAAUAGUUAUCUCUUAUUUUUAGCUCGUUUCUGCUACACUUUUUCACUGCUCUACUAGACUAUUGUUUAGUUGGUGAUGGUGAAUCGAGGUGUAGGGUUCGAGCUUCUCGUGAAUUAUUAAGAUAAAUUAUUAGGUUUAAUAUGUUAUUUGUUAAGUUUGAAUUAAUCAUUGAAUUUGUAUUAUGUUAGGGUAUUGUAGAUAGAUAAUAUAAGUUAUGGGCCCUGUGGGCUUAUUUAUAUUUCUUUGUAAGGUAAAUAAAUGAAAUGAAAUGAAAAGUGAUAUUAAC